AUGACCUUUGGUACCUUGUUAGAGGUGUUUGGUCAUAUCUUAAAUAGUUUAACACGAGGCGUAACCGAAUACUACAAUCCAGAUGAACCUGAAUUCACGGUCGAAUCAUUUGGUUACAGUCCCCUGGAAAGUACAGGACGAGAGUGGUAUUGUCAUCCUGUUGAUGAACUUAUUUACCAAGAAUACAGCGACAGAGAAGCCAUAAGCCUAACCUAUUUAACCUCCAGAAGUCUCGAUAUUAAAGUGAUUGACGCAUGCUCACCAGAAGAAAACGAAGAAACUCAAGGUCGGCAAGAUAGUGACAGAGGCAUGGCUUGGAAGCGACUGAGACCGUCCGUAAUCUGCACAGUUUGUAAAUCAAUGUACAUUGGUGCGUUGAUUUCGAUUGUAACCGCUAUCUUCAUAGGAACAAUCUACAUGAUGGUUACUUAUCUAUCAUUUAGGACUGUGCAAAAUUGUGAGUUCCACCCCAUGAACUCAACUUUAAUACAAGUUCAGUGGAUAAGAUCAAUGUCCGAUGUUGUUUCUUGUAGUUUUCUGUAUAUUUGGUUCUUUGUACUUUUGCAGUUUCUUUUUCGUCCGUUUCAGUUGAUGGGAGUGAAAAGAAAGCUGCUGCUGAUUUGUGUUCUUUCGUAUUCUUUGGACACAAUUUAUCGCGUAGCCCUCCAAGCUCUUGGUGUAUCUCACUCCAACAUUUCAAAUUUACAAAAAGUUCCUCUCAACACUUGCUUCCUUAUCAAUCAAUGUCUACAAACGUAUGUUUUAACGAACUACUUCUGCACAAACUCGAAGCAGAAGGUGGCCUUGUUCUUCCAAAUGGUAGUACCAAGUUGCUUUUGUUUCCUGACGUUUUUCCUUGUAGCCUCCUUAAUUUAUCCAGCAUAUAAUGACGAAAACGCAAAUGGCAAACUGUUGAUUGCGAUAUUCGCUCCCCUGGCCGGUGUUUUUGUUAAACUUACUUCUCGUAUUUGCGUUCAGAAGUUAUAUAACAUCACACAUCCGGGUUAUUCAUACGUCUUUUUGUCGCCGUUGUAUUGUGGCGCAGCGAUCGUUUUUCGAAUUUUGCAAGCGGAUCUUGGAAGCUUACUAGACAUCGCUAUUCUUGGAAUAGUUCACGGCGCUGCAGAAGUCAUUGAACGAAGCACCAUCGUUUUGCUUGAUCAAAUUGUACAUACGAUGUUAGAAAAAAGAUUAGCUCCCUGGGGAAGCUUUCGUACUCCUCGUCGUGAAAGACUAAUGUCUGAUAUCGCUAUCAUGAGCAUGUUGUUUGAGUCAACUGCUAUAGUGUCUGUGAAUGGAUACCUGUACUUGUAUCAAUUUAUAUACCUAAGGAGAGAGCCAUUCGUUAAUUUACUUCAGUUAUUUGCAGUUCACACUGCAGUUUCGCUCGCGAUUGAGUGGGUGUUCACCAGCAUUUCUCUAGCGAUUGAGACUCGGUAUCAGAACAUGGCUGUAAUGGCUAUUUGGCGAAGAAGAUGGAAGCGACACAUUCUAGUAGCAGUUGUAAACGCGGUACCAAUGGCACUGUGGACUAGCACUAACCUCAUGGGCAUUUUACAUGGACGUUUUAGGGAGAAAUCAACCCAACCGUGUAAGAUUCCGUUUACUUAAGGAUUAAAGUAUUGUACAAGGAGUGUUUUUUCUUGGUUUUCAAACACUGUGAUAUUUAAGCCAAAAUAAAGUGUACAUGAUUAAGGAACUUAGGAGGAAAUUUAUCUUCAGGACCUACAUACUUGAAAAAUUCUCUGAAUAAAGGCAAUGGGAAACUGUUGUACGUUACUUUGUUUUACACAAUUAAUCAGUAAUGCUUAAAUGUAAAGAUCCUUGCAGAUUUCCAGUCAAGCAGGUUGUCUGCAAACUCUACAUGAGGGAUUGGCAAUGGAUUCAAACCUAAUGAGCUUCAAUCUCACCCGCAGAACUCUUUUUUCCUUACUAAUUAAGAACAAAAGAGAGGCUACACAGCUACUGCUUCGCGCGUUACUAACAUGUACACUUACUGGCAAAACUGACUUUUCAGGUAACUCUCAAUUAAUUAACUUCUUGACUUUAGUAGCCAAGGUCGUUUAGCUGGUCCAUCAACAGUAAUCUUAAUCCACCUCAACAAAGGAGCAAUCGAUAUAAACAGCCUCCUUUCCAAAGUCAGCGGCUUUCCGGGAAUCGACAGAAGCGAAUACGCGUGUAGCAUGACAGAAACCCGUAACGCGCAUGUCCACUUAGAAUUAUUUCAUAAUUCAUAUUUUCUUCCUCAGGCUGAGCGGUAUAGACCAAAGACGGGGACAACAGGGAGAGCGCCACACAUUCAAACAAAAUAACCGACAACACGCUAUCUGGUUAAGGUUUUUGCACAUUUGUUUAGAAUUAACUUCCCCCUAAAAGCCAAAAGGAGAACAAGGCGAAAUGUGAGAGUUUUACUUGAAUGGAAUACUCGAUAGUGUUAUAUCCUCAUAUCCUUGAAUUUAAACAGAUCGAAGACCGUACGUAGUUAUUCAUUUCCUGAAACUUAAAUAGUUAUAAUGUAAGAAAGUUUCCUGCAGGCUUGAAUAAUUGGCUGCGAAGUAAGGACUAUAUGUAUACCAAAGCUCGCUUCGGUUCCAUCCCAGACAACGAGAAGUGGAUUGGAAAAAAAAGUGGGGAGGGGGGCGGCCGCCAAGUAGCAGACGGUUUUUUCGGGUGCGCGUAUAUUUCUGCUCCCUGUAACCGUCAUGUUGAAUUCCAAGAAAGUAGAGGAGUUGGGGCUAGUGAAAGGGGCCUGGAAAGGAAUCGAAAGGGCCGGUUUUACAGUAACAUGGGCAUCCCCUCUUUUUGGGCAUCCCAAUUCUCAAAACCCUAGUGAUAUGGGCAUCCGCUUUUCAUAUUUUCUUAGCGAUUUGGGUUAGGGUUAGGGUUAGGGUUACAGGGAAUGCCCGUAUCAUUUUGGAAAUGGGGAUGUUCAAAACGUGGGGAUGCCCAUAUCACUGUAAAACCGGAAGAGAGAAGAGAGAGAGGUUGUUUACCAUUAAUAAGAAGUUUCCGAAAAAUCCGGUUGGAAAAAAAAUGGAACACGACUUAAUUUUCGGUCAGUUCAGUGGAAAAUUUUCAGGAGAAUUUUAACGCCGGUCUGAAGAGGUAGUCCUGUAUUUCCACAGUGAAGGUUCCAAAUGGAAAUUUGUGUUUCAUUUCUUCAAAGCCAUCUUUGAUACUAUAGCUAGUUUCAGGCAUUCGAGGCCGUUUCUCGGUAAAUGGAAUUGAUUUGUGCAAAUGCUAAACGCGGUUCCGGGACGAAAUUCACCAGUCCUGAAUUUUUCUGACCGUUUACCCAACCCUUUAACCGACCGGUUUACCACUGUAAAUGGUAAACAACCAGAGAUUUUCUUGUUCGCUCCCCCCUAUUACCAUUCCUCCUUCUUUUGCUCUAACCAGCCUUACCCAAGGUCAACCUCGUCCCCGGGGCUUUCCCUAAAAAAAAUCAGAUAGGCGGGGAAAACCCUGGGGACGAGGUUGACCCAAGGGUUGCUAUUUCUGCCCUCUCCAAGCUUUCUCAGUGGUAAAAUCAAAGAUGGCGGCCACGGCAACACGUACACAGAGAGGUAACUUCCGCCCACCCUAAAAAUAUGCCUACAUUGCAGGCUAGCAGCCAAGUGAUUUUAAUUAAGCCCUACUGCCACGUGCAUCAGGAUACAUGUAAAGGGUGAACACUGCUUUUCUUCUCUGAGAUACUGAGCCUCUCAAAUCCGCGAUAAUUCUUAAAGAAAUUCGCUAAAUUAUCAGGAUUUUUGGUAAUUAAAAUGCGAUUUUCAAACCUUCCGUGUCUUCUCUUUUCAGUUACAGUCACAGCCGUCGCUGCUUAAGCUCAGAGUCCUUAAAGCAUGCGCAGUCUUUUUAAGGAUGGGCGAUCAUUUUACUAGAAAACUGAGUCGGAGGGCCUACCAUUUGUGAAGAAAAAACAAUAGUUCUUGACUGGGCAGAAGAACAAAUAACAAACUGGAACAUCCCGUGUCUUGUGUUGUGAGUCCGGCACCACUGGUACCGGAAUCCAUACCGGUACCAUUGGUACCUGAAUGCGGUACCAUUUGUGUUUUAAAACUCUUGAAGUCUUUUCCGUGAUCUUAACAGGAAGAUCAUGGUGUUAUUUUUGAAGUAACAAUUCAUCAAAUUUUAACAAAAGUAACAGCCUCUGUUCGUCUCAGUUCAUCAACUACGGCUCAAAUAUAGACCGACAAAUGUUUAAUUUCGGAAAACGAAAUGUUGUUGAUAUUUUUAUGGCUUUUUGUUAAAAUUCAUGAACCUUGAGCUACUUCCUUCUUGCAUCCGAUGCAUUAUAUUAUUCCCAGUGAAUCUGAAGACGUUCAGUUUUAUGAUGUUGGAAAGUGAUUUAUAUAUUUGCACCUUAAGCUUAGUGUAGAUGAAUCCUUAAACUGCUUACGUUGCUAGAAGUACUCUUCGUGAACUUCUCUCUCUUACUGCUUGUUUUUGGUGUCAGUGUGUUUAUGGGACUUGAGUAAGUACUAGGGGGGUUGAUGCUCGAUAUACUAAGUUAAUGUAUACAAUCUUGUGUCGUUCUAUUGUGUGAAGUUUAUAUGUUAUUGUUUAAGAGCAUGGAAACAGUGUUGUGACAUCACUCGAGACUUACGUCACUUGGUAUAUCGUGCACUUACCAUACUAGGAGUUAAAUGUGAUUUCACAAUACUUAACAAUUAUUCAUUCCCUGCAUGAAAUAAUUAAUCUGAAAACUGGACCCCACUGGAUCAGGAUCAUCACGUCUUAUAUAUGUGAAAAAUACGAGGGUGUAUAAGGAUGUAGGAGGUGGCAAAUAAGUUGUAUUAACUGAAGGCUUCAGGGUCUAGUUGGAUUUUAGAAAACGUAGCCAGCGAAAUUGCAGCCCUUUGAUUGAAAUAACGACAAUUGAAAACGAAGAUCUCACUGCACAGCUGACCGUGACAGAAGGAAAAGAAAGGGAAAAUUAAGGAGAUAGCUAGGAGAUAAGAGACAAACCAUUAGGGCGGCACUCUUAUUUUAUAUUAUGGCUAAUUUGAGUCAUUAGGGAGUUCAAGCAAUGACUAUAGAAACGUUUAGUACGGUAAUUUUUUCCUGUAUGCCUCAAGUAGGGAGUUAAAAGUACCACGACGGCGAUAAAAAGCGAAGUCAUUUGCUAUCGUGAAGCAUUGACGCGUGGGGGAAAAAUUUCUUCCCGGUCACCGAACUAGACGCUUCCGUAGUCGUUGCUUUAAGUUCCUGUUGAGGUACAAAAGGGCGAAAGAGCCACCUUUUCACAAAUCCAAGUACGAAAUAUCACCCUAAUUGGCUAACAAGGCUGCAAAGGGCCUAUAAGUGAAGACCGUAUGUAAGUCCAAAACGGUUCAUUCAGGAACGAGAUUUGCACAAUUUUUCCGAGAUAUAUAACUUUUCCCUAAAACCUUGAAGAACUGGGGUAUAUUUUACUUCAUAUUUACUCUGGAACAGGGUUGAUUUUUCCCCGAUAACCUCUGACUAUAUUUUUUAACAAGCUUAGGUGAGAAACAAUGCUCCCCUCGUCGUAUAUCACUGAGCCGGUCACAGGAUGAGGAUUCCUAGGCCUCUUUUUAUGAACAUUGUCCGGAGCAGAGUCGUAAAUUCAUCUCUCUUUUUUUUCUAGAACAGGUCCAAAGUCUUAACUAUCUGACCAUGUGAUAUUCCCAUUACAGUAAAUGUAAGAGAGUACCCCCAGAGAUGAGCAGCAGUGCACUGUUAGAGGUGUUUGGUCACAUCCUGUUCAGUUUCACCCGUGGAGUUGCCGACCAUUUUGAUCCAGACGAACCUGAAUUUACAGCAGAAUCAUUUGGCUACACUCCUUUGGAAAGCACCGGACGGGAAUGGUACCGUCAUCCUGUAGAAGAAUUUAUUUACCAAGAAUACAGCGAUGGAGAACCUGCAAGCUUAAACUAUCUGACGAGAGGGCGACUGAGCGUAAGAGUCAUCAAUGCGUGUUCAUUGGAGGAAAACGAUCAGGAGGAGAAAUAUGACCAGAACCGCACCAUGGCCUGGAAACGUUUGAGACCAUCUGCUCUUCGAACAGUUUGUAAAUCAAUGUACACGGGAGCCUUGAUUUCAGUUGUAACGGCUAUCUUCAUAGGAACAAUAUACAUCAUGGUUACUUAUCUCUCAUUUAAAACUGUGCAGAAUUGUGAGUUCCAGCCCAUGAACUCAACCUCAAUACAAAUACAAUGGUUAAGAUCAAUCUCUGAUGUAGUGUCUUGCGGUUUUUUAUACAUUUGGUUCUUUGCACUUGUGCAGUUUCUAUUUCGUCCAUUUCAAUUAACCGGUGUGAGAGGAAAGUUGCUGUUGAUUUGCGUUCUGACUUAUUCUUUGGACACAAGUUAUCGUGUUGCUCUCCAGGCUAGUGGGUUAUCGCACUCUCGCAUUACUUUUCCCUUGAAAAUUCCACUUAAUGCUUUGUUUCUUCUCAAUCAAAGCUUUCAAGUUUGUGUUUUAACGAAUACCUUCUGCACAAGUGCUCAAAAGAAAUUAGCUUUGUUCUUUAAAAUAGUUGUACCAAGCUGUGUUGUUUUUCUGGUAUUCGUUCUUGUCACGUCCGUGGUAUAUCCCAUAUACAACAGAGAAACUGCGGAGAAAAAAUUGUUAAUUGCGGUCUUCGCCCCCCUCAUUGGAGUUUUUCUCAAAGUAGCCUCGCGUUUGUGUGUACAGAAGUUGUAUAAUAUCACUCACCCGGGGUAUUCUUAUGUCUUAUUGUCGCCGCUGUACUGUGGCUCAGCUAUCGUUUUUCGAGUCUUGCAAGCGGAACUUGAUAGUUUACGCUCCAUCGCCAUUCUGGGAAUAAUUCACGGCGCUGCAGAAGUCAUUGAACGAAGCACGAUGGUUCUCAUUGAUCAUAUUUGUUACGUGCUGUGUAAAAGAGCAGUGGUUCCAUGGAAAAGUUUUCGUACUGCUCGUCGUGAGAGACUAACGGCUGAUAUCGCUAUUAUGGGUAUGGUAUACGAAUCGACUGCUAUAGUGUCGGUCAAUGGGUGCCUCUACUUGUAUCAAUUUGUCUACACAGGUGAAGAGCCCUUCAAAACUUUAUUCCAGUCAUUUGCAAUACAUACCACAGUUUCCCUUGCGAUUGAAUGGGUGUUCACCAGCUUAUCCCUGGCAAUUGAGACUCGUUAUCAAAACAUGCCCGUCAUGGCCGUUUGGUGCACAAGAUGGGGAAGACACAUUCUAGUGGCGAUUGUGAACGCAGUACCAGUAGCUUUGUGGGCUAGCUCUAAUCUGAUAGAUGUUUUACACGGACGUUUUAGCGAAACGUCAACUCAGCCGUGCAAAAUGCCUUUUACCUAA